CAAAUAAGGGUCUCUGCAAAUGCUGAAAAAGUUGCUAGUUGGUGGAGAGAGCUGAGUCUUGGGACUUGCGAGUCUCACGUUCCAAGUGAGAAAAGCCAGAUUCAACUCCACCCAUGCCGAUACGUGGCAAUGGAUCCCUUUCACACUCCACCCCUUAUAGAGAGGAGAGCCAAACCAACAGACAAAACAAAACACUGUCUUUUUUCUUUAACGACAAAAAUUUGAGGAGACAGUUUCAGUUGGAACCCGCAAGUGAUGAAAACCUUGACGAGUCCUUGCUCCAAGCCAAUCUUUGGCAAUAAUAGAGAUAGAGGGUUUUCUUCUUUUCAACAUCUUUCUCUUACUAGAGCUCAAGUAUGCUUAUUACCUUCUAAAAAGCUUGCUAGAAUCCGCUUCUUGCAUUUGGUUUCUGUGCAACGGAGGCGUCUGCAGCCUCUUUUUUCAUCUUCUUCUUUCUCACCUGACUUACAGGGGGAGUUGGAGACAGCAGAAACUCAACCUAAAGAACACAAUACCACUCGUGUCAAAUUUCAGUUGAAGAAAGAGUGCUCAUUUGGGGAGCAUUUUUUCAUAGUAGGGGAUCAUCCUAUGUUAGGCUCAUGGGACCCUGAGAGUUGUAUCCCACUGACUUGGUCAGAAGGACAUGUUUGGGCAGUAGAGCUGGAUAUACCUGUUGGAAUCUCAGUCCAGUUCAAAUUCAUUCUGAAAACAACCACUGGGGACAUUUUGUGGCAACCGGGCCCUGAUCGGAUAUUUAAAUCCUUGGAAACUGAGAAUAUGAUUGUUGUUUCCGAAGACUGGGAAGCAGCUGAUUAUCAGGAAGUACUGAAGGAAGAACUACAAGCAUUAUCGGAGGAAUUGGCCACUGGAAAUGGUGUUCCUUCCCUAGACAAGCCCUUUGCUAUUGUUGCAGAGAAUCCUAGCUACCCAACAGAAGACUUCAUGGCAAAUAAAAAUGCUGAAGCGCUUGGCAUGAAUAGAACUAAAUACCCAAAUAAUGAAGCUAUGGCUAUUGCUAACAAGAAUGUUGUAGUAGCAGAGGACUUGACUCCAUUAUCAACGGUGGCAACUGAAGAAGAAAUGUUGGAUGAAGAUGACAAGAAUAGUACGAGCGAUACAUCUGUUGGAGUUGAUGAAGCUAAAUGCGAUGAAUUAUCAGAGUUAGUUGAGAAGCAAGAACCUGAAGGUGAACCAUGGGAAGAAAAAAUAACUGCGGUAACCUACAAUGGGUUGGAACAACUCGACAGCUGUACAUUCAACUAGCCAGAGAACAGCCAGGACCGGGGCCUUUUCAACAUAAUAAUGUCUUGCAAAGUGAUAUCCAGUGGGAUCAUCAAACAUUACAGAAGCUUCUCGACAGUUUUAAGAUUUCUAUAAUUCACCCUGUUGCCAUGUGACAAUUGCCGAAAAAUGAGGGUUAGUGCUGCUAGUAUGUACCAACAAACAUUGCUUCCUUGAUUCUCUUCUUGUGUAUUCUAUCAUGUCAGAUUCCCAGAAUAUUAUACCAUUACAUCAUUAAUGUGACAAACAUUGAUCAUCUCAACUACCUGCCCUUUCCUUUUUUUUGGAUAAUUCAGAUGAAGUUAUUGCUUAACUAUGACUAUACGCUUGGAUUCGUAUUUUGCAACAAAAUCUCUCAUCUAAGAUUUAACAAGUUCUUAAACGGCACCAAAAGCCACGUUAAACGAAUGAGAUGCUAGACUU